UUGUGUAUUGUGUUCUCCAAUUGUGUUCUGGUUAGUACUCUGGUUUUCUAGCUUUCGUUUCUCAAGUUUGCUAGUUCCAGUUUCCUAGUCUAGUUUUAGUCCGUGUGUGGUGGAAGUCUCUGGUACUUCUUAGCUUAGUGUUUUGUCAGAAUAAAUGUAUCUGUUUUGGCUCUCUGUUUUGAUUAUCUUCUGAGCGUUUUGAUUAUUCCUAUUUUGUUUUUGGAUUUUCCCUGUUUUGAGAAGUAAUUGAGACAACAAUUUGCCCACAUCGUGCAUUUGGGUACUACCUCCUCCUCUCUGGCUCAUUGAGUAAGUUACUGGACCAGAUAACCAUCGGCCAAGGCUGAUUCCCAAAGCCGGCCCUGACAAAGGAUUGUUUUUGCAAAACAUAACUAAAAUGUCAGGAUUUAAUGAACCAUCACAACUGCUGAUGUCAGUAAAGAAGGAGAUAAAAGAAGAUGAAGAGUUUGAUGAUUUCCUGCAAGAGUAUCUGUUUGCAAAUCAGACAGUGGAAGAAAAGCCUGGACUGGAACAUGACUGUAAGACUGAAACAGAAAGAUCACCAACCUUGGCCUGCAAAGAAGAAAAGUCUUCACUGAUGGGAAUUAAAGAGGAAGAUGAAUCUGAUUUAAGAGAAUAUGGUCGUGAUGACUCUUCUCCUACAAGAGAUGUUCAAAGGAUCCUUUCUAACAGAGGAAGUAACAGUGAGGAGAAAAUAAACAAAGAAAGAUGUCACAAUCACUCUCAGUGCAGGACGACUUCAUAUCAGAAAUUACUUCAACAUUUGGACACAAGGAAGAAACAACAUGAAUGCUCCCAGUAUUUCAAAUUCUUUGCUGGACCUUCUACUCUUGCAAUUCAUCAACAAAUACACACAGGAGAAAGGCCCCAUGAAUGUUCUCAGUGUGGAAAGGCCUUUACUGAAAUUGGACCCCUCAAGAUACAUCAGAGGAUCCAUACUGGAGAAAAGCCAUAUCUGUGUUCUCAGUGUGGAAAGACUUUUAGUCAGAUGUGUCAUUUGAAGACACACCAGAGGAUCCACACUGGGGAAAAGCCACAUCAGUGUUCUCAGUGUGGAAAGGCCUUUAGCCAAAUAGGUCCUCUCAAGGCACACCAGAGGAUCCAUAGUGGGGAGAAGUCACAUCAGUGUUCUCAGUGUGGAAAGACUUUUAGUCUGAUGGGGAAUCUCAAGGCACAUCAGAGGAUCCAUACUGGAGAAAAGCCAUAUCAGUGUUCUCAGUGUGGAAAGACUUUUAGUCAGAUAUGUUCUCUCAAGGCACACCAUAGGGUCCAUAGUGGGGAGAAGCCACAUCAGUGUUCUCAGUGUGGAAAGGCCUUUACUGAAAUUGGAAAUCUCAAGGAACAUCAGAGGAUCCAUACUGGAGAAAAGCCAUAUCAGUGUUCUCAGUGUGGAAAGUCCUUUACUCGAAUAAGUAAUCUCAAGACACACCAGAGGAUCCAUAGUGGGGAGAAGCCACAUCAGUGUUCUCAGUGUGGAAAGACUUUUAGUCAGAUGUGUUCUCUCAAGAGACACCAGAUAAUCCAUACAGGUGAAAAGCCAUAUCCGUGUUCUCAGUGUAGAAAGACAUUUAGUCAGAUGUGUUCUCUCAAGACACACCAGAUGAUCCAUAGUGGGGAGAAGCCACAUCAGUGUUCUCAGUGUGGAAAGACUUUUACUCAAAUGUGUAAUCUCAAGAGACACCAGAGAAUCCAUCACGGGGAAUAGCCGUAUAAAUUUACUACACAUCGGAAGGGAUUCAGAUCUAGCUCAGAUAUCACUGUCCAUUAGGUCACACAUCAGUUCCAGUUUCGUAUGACUCCGCAAAAUCAGCAAUUUACUGCAUUUUUCCCAAAUGCUGCAACCUUUAUUGAUACUGCAUUUCUAAUUGCACAGAAGUUACACCUUGAUGUUAAACCUGGAAAUUAUUUCUGCUUCUUCUGGCCUCCUAAUGGUGGUAUAAGGUUCUGCACAGUCAGUCUCAACCACUGCCACUGCUUCAUGUCCCAUUCGUUUGAUAUCAAGUGUGUGAUGGACUGACGGCCAUGCUGAAGUUAGUAUGAUGUUAGAAAUUAGUUU